AAUAAAUUCACGGGCACUCGGCUUGGGCUUACUGUGUAGAACCCUACCCCAAAAUCCAUAGCUUUUUUUGAUGGCCAUCAUCAAUAUAGGCGAUCACAUAGAGAAGGUUCUCUGGACUGAGAAACAAAUUUCCGACCGAGUGUCCAACCUCGCGUCGGAAAUCACCCGUGACUUCUCCGCCGCCGCUGCCCCCGUCUUCGUCGGCGUUGCCACCGGAGCACUUAUCUUUCUGGCGGACCUUGUCAGGAAAAUCCACCUCCCAAUCACGGUGGAUGUUAUUCGGGUCGAUUCAUACGGUUCGGGUACAGUCUCCAGUGGCAAGCCCAGCAUUUCUUGCGAUUUGAAAUCUGAUGUUCAAGGAAAGCAUGUGGUUUUGGUCGAGGACAUAGUGGAUACGGGAAACACUCUAUCUUGCCUCAUUGAACAUUUGAAGGCAAAAGGAGCAUCAUCUGUAUCUGUGUGUGCCCUUCUUGAUAAACCGUCAAGGCGGAAGGUCAGUUUUGAGGUGGUUGGGGAUGGCAAGUUUUACAGAGGUUUUCAGUGCCCCGAUUAUUUCAUAGUUGGAUAUGGUUUGGACUUUGCCGAGAAGUACAGGAACCUACCCUAUGUCGGGGUUUUGAAGCCAGAAAUGUACAACAAAUAUCCGUCCGAAAUCUAGGAAACACCAGUUCGCUUUUCUUUUUUCGGGAGAAUCUUAUACUUAACAGACUAUGGUUUUGGCAUUAUUUUUGUAGCACUACACUACAACAGUUGACAAUGGCUAUGCAUUUAUCUUUUCUUGUGUUUAUUCCUCGUGCAUACAAAUUAUAAAUCUAUGAAACUGGCAGAACCCAGUCCGAUCCGUUUGUCUCUUAAGACCAUGUUCGAGUGACUUGGAUGUUGGAAGAAACUGGAAGAAAUUAG